AUGAAGCCCACCUCUGCCGCCGUCCUCCACCAGAUUGCAAAGCCACGGCUCGUGGUCCCUCUGGGUGGAAUCAGACAAUACACGGUCACCAGGGUGACGCUGCUCCCCACGGCCCUGGCCCGCGCGGAAAGAGCCUCGGACCUCAAGGCGCAUCCGGAGAGCGCGCUCACGCAGGAGAAGCUGCCGGACAAGAAAGGGAACCGGCACUGGUCCGAGGAGAAUGCCACCCUGAGCGAAGCCGACGUAAGUUCCAAGUUCAAGUUCAAGUUCGACGUCAAGUCAGGUCAGGUCAAAGCGGACCGCGAAGCCGAAGAGGCGAAAUCAUCAGCCACCAAGAGUCAAGACAAGAAGGCGUAA